CACCGUUUAAAUGUUUUUAUCUUUCCCAAAAAGAGAGGGGUUAUAUGAUUUGUUAUAUGUGAAGGAAAAGAUCCCGUCUUUCCUUUUCUCUCAUUAAUUUCUUCUACAUAAGAUGAAUUUUCCAUGAAAGUACAAUUUUGUUUCCAUUCCAUUUUCAUUUCUCUCUCAUUCCAACCCCAUAAUCUCCGCAUCUAUUAAGGAUUCCUCAAUUCCCAAACAGUAGACCGAUUGAAAUGAAAUGUUUCUCAAGAACUUGAAGAAUUUCAAAUACCGUAGGAUUCUUCUUCUUCUUCUUCUUCGGGUCUAAAACAGAGCUCCUCCAUCAUGAGAGCAGGUCUCACCACUAUCCAACAAACGCUCACGCCGGAAGCGGCGACCAUUCUCAACCACUCCAUCGCCGAGGCUGCCCGUCGCGGCCACGGGCAGACAACGCCUCUCCACGUGGCCGCGACGCUGCUCGGGUCCCCGACCGGGUACCUGCGAGAGGCCUGCAUCCGGUCUCACCCCAAUUCAUCUCAUCCACUCCAAUGCCGUGCGCUGGAGCUCUGCUUCAGCAUCGCGCUAGACCGGCUCCAGUCCGGUCAUGGUGGGGGCGAGCCGGGUUCUGGUCGGCUCAACCCGCCUAUAUCCAACGCGCUGAUGGCUGCCCUCAAGCGGGCUCAAGCACAUCAGCGCCGUGGAUGCCCAGAGCAGCAGCAGCAGCCGCUGCUGGCCGUCAAGGUCGAGCUUGAGCAGCUGAUCAUCUCGAUCCUUGACGACCCGAGCAUCAGCCGGGUUAUGCGAGAAGCGAGCUUCUCCAGCCCUGCUGUCAAGGCUGCUAUUGAGCAGUCGCUGAAUUCGGCGGGGCCGCUGAAUUCUGCUGCCCCGCCGGUCAGCAGGAAUCUGUAUAUGAAUCCACGGUUGCAGAAACAGCAGCCUGGGCAGCCGAAGAGGGAGGAAGCGAGGCAGGUUGUCGAUAUUCUGCUGAGGUGGAAGAAGCGGAAUCCAAUUUUGGUGGGGGAGUCUGAACCAGAGGCGGUGAUAAGAGAGGUGCUGCAAAUGGUAGAGAAGAAGGAGGUUAGCGACGUCGGCCUGCUUAGGAAUGUUCAGGUAGUUUCUUUGGAGAAGGAAUUCGGGCCGGACCAAUCGCAAUUCUCUGAGAAAUGGAGUGAAUUGGGCAAUUUGAUUGAGACCCGAAUCGGCGGUGGCGGUGGCAACGGCUUGAUUAUCAAUUUAGGAGACUUGAAAUGGCUCGUCGAGCAGCCGCCUGGAUUGAGUGUAUUGGGUCCAGGUCCAAUUCUGCAGCAGAAGGUUGUAUCAGAAACAGGGCGAGCCGCUGUCGUGGAGGUGGCGAAGCUAUUGGCGAAGUUUAGUAGUAGUCUGUGGCUGAUCGGGACGGCGACGUGCAAGACAUAUCUGAGGUGUCAGGUCUACCACCCGUCAAUGGAGAAUGACUGGGAUCUGCAGGCAGUGCCAAUCGCCGCAAGGGCGCCACUUCCCGGGCUGUUUCCCAGGCUCGGAGGCAAUGGAAUUUUAAGCGGCUCGGCCGGAUCUCUCACCCCACUGAAAGGUGUCCCAAUGAAGGGACCCACUCUCCCAUCACUAGGCCCAUUCGAAAACAAGGAUUCAUCGAGAGGGGCUAUCUGCUGCUCUGUCUGUAUGCAGAAUUACAAGCAUGAUCUGUCCAAGAUUGUAUCAAAUGAGCUCAAGAAAUCCUCCCUGGAUUCCAAAUCAGAACCGCGGCCCACCUUGCCACAAUGGAUGCAGAAUGCAAAGCUUAGCAAUGGUGGCAUCGAACCAACAGAUCAAACACUGACAAGAGAUCAAGAACUCGCUCAGAAGCAUAAAAUUGAAGAAUUGCAGAAGAAAUGGAAUGAAACAUGUCGAAGUCUCCACCCCAGUUUUGACAAUGUCGUUGGCUCUGAUCGAACAGUAACAGCAGGCCAUUUGUUAGCGAGCAUAUACAAUCCAAACCUGCUUGGCCGCCAGCCAUUACAACCUAAGUUACAGCUAACCAAUGAACCAGGCAUCCUAGAAAUGGGCCAUGGUCCUAUGCAGGACGCGCCCGAUAAUCCCAUCACCCCUCACAAAAGCCUUGUUGGGACAGAUCUUGUUCUUGGGUGUCCGAAGAUCACCGAAAACUCCAUGGAGAACACCCAUAAAGAGCAGAUCAAAGAUCUCACAAGCUGCAUUCCAUUCGAAUGGCGGCAAAGUGAAAAGCAUACUAAUGUAAUGGACGCUGACUCCUUCAAGAGGAUCUUCAAGGGCCUCACAGAGAAGGUUGGGUGGCAGCCGGAAGCCGCGUCCGCAAUUGCUACUACCAUAAUUCAGCACAAAGCAGAUCAUGGAAAUCAUCGUGGGGUUGGAGCGAAGGGCUAUAUAUGGCUGCUGUUCAUCGGCCCGGAUAAGGCCGGCAAGAAGAAAAUGGCGUUGGCCUUAUCGGAGCUUGUCUAUGGGGCCCAUCCAAUUACCAUCCGUCUUGGCUCACAGACAGAUGACGAUGAAUCUGAUGUGAGCUCCCGUGGCAAGACUAUGGUUGAUAGGAUAGCAGAGGCCGUGCGGCGGAACCCGUUUUCAGUGGUUGUGCUCGAGAACAUCGAUCGCGCAGACAUGCUAGUCCAGGCCAGCAUCAAGCGUGCGAUCGAUAAGGGACGGCUGAUGGAUUCCCAUGGGCGCGAGAUCAGUUUGGGAAGUGUGAUUUUCAUCAUGACCACUGAAUGGAUGCCAGAAAAUCUCAAGAACUCGCCGAAUUCCCACCCGACUGAUGAAGACAAGCUUGCAGCUAUGGUGGGCCACAGGUGGCAGUUACAGAUAUCAGUGGUGCGGAAGAAGAGCAAGCGCCGGGCCGAGUGGCUGAUGGACAAGCAAGAAGACAGACCAAUCAAGCCUAGAAAAGAUGCCGGCGCAUCCGCCACUCUACCGUUCGACCUGAAUUUGGAAGCCAAUGUGGCCGAUGACAAUGUCACAGAGGGGUCCCACAAUUCGAGUGAUCUCACCGUCGAUCAUGAUCAGGAGCAUGGCCCAGUAGACAAGUGGCCAUUGUCACUUCCGUCGUAUUAUCCGUCGUAUUAUCCACCGGACAUGUUGAUCGGCUCGGUCGACAACAUGAUCGUCUUCAAGCCGGUCGAUUUCGGGCAGCUUCGGAGCAAGGUGGCGUCAAAGAUCACGGCCAAAUUCUCAGCAGCCGUUGGUGAUGGGUGGGCCAUGCAGGUGGACAGCAUGGUGGUGGAACGGAUAGUUGGGGGAGUGUGGUUUGGCCAAACCGGGUUCGAGGAGUGGGCGGACCGGGUUCUUGUGCCCGGUUUUCAGCGGCUCAAGACCGCUUCGCUGUUGGAGGAUUGCACGACCGUCAGGCUUUUGUCAGUGAGUGAGGAUUCCAGGGCCAGUGGGGAUUGGCUGCCAGAUGAGAUAACGGUCGUCGUUGACCGAGGGGCAUAGUCGUAAUUUACUCCCAUUUGAAGGGUGGAGAUGUAAAUAUCACUUUUUUUGUACUUGAGUAUUAUAUUAAUUUUAUUUUAUUAUGUUAUUACUAUUAAUAAUUAGGAUUUAUUGUUAUUAUUACGGGGGUGAUUAAUAAGAACAAUUUCAA